AUGGGCGCCUACACUAACUUCGUCUUCGUCUUCACUGGACACACACGCAAUGCCAGCACGCCGAAGAACUCAAAACUCCAUCUGGUGGCCGGUGAUAUCGGCCUCCGUGGUUCCAAUGUCACGCAACAAACAAGCGAGGAAAUCCUCCUCAUUAAAGUCCCAGUCCGCAAACGGGAAUCAGUAGCGUUUGAUCGCGAGCCCGGAGUGGUACGCUCGUGA